AUGGGGGCCAAAAUAGAGCCUUGUGGGAUACCACAAGCCAGAGGAACAACACCCAAUGUGGUUCAGCAAACGUUUAUUUCCCAAAGGAAGAUGAAGCAUUUGGGUCUUUUUGCUGUAACUGCUCUUCUGCUCUUCAAUGGCUGUCACUGCAAUUCAACAGCAAUGCCUACAACAACCACUGUAAACCCAACCACUCUGCCUACAACCACUGGAAUCACAACUACUGGAAACACAACUACUGGAAUCACAACCUCUGGAAUCACAACCACUGGAAUCACAACCUCUGGAAUCACAACCACUCCGCCUACAACCACUGGAACCACAACCACUGGAACUACAGCUACUGGAUUCACAACCACUGGAACCACAACCACUGGAACUACAACCACUGGAACCACAACUACUGGAACCACAACCACUUCGCCUACAACCACUGGAACUACAACUACUGGAACCACAGCUACUGGAACCACAAACACUGCGACUACAACCACUGGAACCACAACCACUGCAAGUACAAACACUGCGACUACAACCACUGGAACCACAACCACUGCGAGUACAAACACUGUGACUACAACCACUGGAACCACAACCACUGCGAGUACAAACACUGUGACUACAACCACUGGAACCACAACUACUGGAAAUACAACCACUGGAAAUACAACCACAGCAGCAGCUACAACAGCGACCAUGAUGAUCAUGGGUUCAACUACAAGUGGAGCAACAGUUGCAGCUUCAUCUUCAGUCUAUCAGCUUCUCUGUGCAGGUGUUCUUACCUGGAUGCUGUCGCUUGUUCAGUGGAAAAGUUAGCAGAUACGGAGAGACCUGAACAUCAACUGAGAAUCAGUCCAGGAGCAGCAGAUAACUUAAUAUAAAUUUUUUAUUUUAUGUUAUUUUAAGAUUUUAUUUUAUUUAUUUAUAUAUUUUUUGGUGUUCAGUUUGGCCAUGUUAAUAAAUAUUCUUCAUUCUUGCUUUAUUAUCAUCUAAUGUACACCAAUUUAUUAACACAUUACAAUCACAUGUAGCUAAUAUACACUCCAAAAAAAAAAAAAAAAAAAAAAAAAAAACAUUUAUGUCUAAAUUUAUGUAUUUGAAAUGCAUAUAAAAUUUCCAUCAAUUUGGAUUACAUAGUUUUAACAUAAAUUAAUAAUCUGAAUGUGAUUCAUAUUUGUCAGUCAUACAUAAAUGAAACAGGUAAGAUUUAUGUAAUUGUAUUAAUAAACUAAAUGUGAUUCAUUUUUCUCAGUCAUGUGUAAUUGAAACAGGUAAGAUUUAUGUAAUAGUAUACAGCAAAAUGCCCAUGCCUAGUUAACCCCAAUUAACCCUGCCUAGUGUUCAUUUUAUAUACACACUACAGAGUGUACCAUUGAAGCAGUGUUAAAGUUAAUGAGAUAAUUAAGUAACGAUUGAACAUUAGUGAUGAACACCUGCUGUUAACAAGCAGAAUCACUGAAGGAAAGAGAAACAAGAACAGAAGAGAGAGAGAGAGAGAGAGAGAGAGAGAGAGAGAGAGAGAAGAUGACCAGGGGCCGUAUUCACUAAACAUCUUAAGGCUAAAAGUAGCUCCUAACUUGCCGAUUUAGGAGAAACUCUUAAAAAUAAUGGGUGUAUAAGUCCUAAUUUUAGGACUCCUAAAUUUUUGCUCUAAGAAUAUUUCACAGAGCAUUUUAGUGCUAAAAUUAGCUCCUAAAUCUGUGAACGUUAGGAGUAGUCCAGAAGACUUCUAAGUCACUAAAGCCCGGGAUACACCGCACGAUUUUAGCAAUCCUAUAAGAUCAUUACAAAUCACACUGUGCGACAUGGAUCUAUUAAACUUGGGUAUGGCAUGCAUGUAGACUGUACGAUGAUAACACCUGUUGACUCGUAGGCUACGAUGCAAGUUUCUAUUGAAGAAUAAAACAUCAUCAGCAUGCACUAGUGGUAAACAAAAAGACAAUGUUGAAUUACACUUUGGCAGUUGUAGUUUUUAUAUGUGCUGAAAAAUAUGAAACGGCGAAAGAAGAAGGGAAAAGAGCUUGAGGUAAGCAGUUUUAAGUUUUAGCGCCAUGUUGUGUUGAUUUCAUGUCGCAUUUUUAUUGGCUGGUCAGUAGACAUAGGGUCGUAGCAGCAAACACACUGUGCGUUGAUCAUGCUGAAUUUCUGACACUAUCAGAAAAUGAUCGUAGGCUAUCUUUGGUCGCAAGACCAGGAAAACAGCCGUCUUUGAACCUCUCUCACUGUACGACAUAGGACCACCGAUUAAGAGCCACGAUCACAGAAAUUGCCACGAUUGUUUCACGAUGGCAAUCUUUUGUCUGCGACAGCCAAAAACCAGUUUAUCACAAACAAUCCUAAUGGCCGUUGCUGCCAAUCCGCCUCAGCAAUCUGCCCAAAGACACUGUACACCACUGAGGCAAUA